CAAAGAUUCGUUGGCUGAACGUGCAGCAGCGCGCGCGAUCUAUUAAAUCCGAUCCCGAAAAGCACCUCCGAAACGGAGCUUUAGCUCCUGGCGAAAAAAAAGGCAGGAAAGCAGACGACGUUUGUUGCAGCCGGCAAUGCUCGAUGCAGAUGCAGCAGAUGCGGCCAUCGUAAUCCCAACCGCCUGACAAGGAAAACGAAAACGACUGGGAAAAAUAACCCAAGUGACUGUGAAAGUAGCGAACGGCCAGACACAGAUUCAGAUAUUCAAUUACUAGUCUGCUGGUGCAGUGACGCCGCACAAUGAGAAUCCAAAUCUUGAUCCUGACACUCUUGCUGGGCCUCGUCUGCACCCGGGCCGUGGAUGCGGAGGCCAAGAGCAGCCAAGACAGCAGCAUCAGUCGGGCGGCGGAAGACAGCAAGAGCUCCGCCUCCACGCCACUGGAAUCGGAGGCGACCAAAGACAAGCGACAGGUGAGCGCCAAGGAGACGCCUCUGUACCCCAACCACCGCAGCUCGGAGGCAUCGCCAUCCGGCAGCGAUGAUCCCGAAGACGGACAGGAGACGAUCUACGGCUCCAAGCCGAAUCAGUUCAUCAUCCGCCCCAUUGCCCCGCAUCAACACCAGCAACAUGAAUCCCACCAGGAGCCCCAGCUGAGGAACUUCGCCGCCGCCAAUUCCCGACCUCAUGCCGCCCAAUUGCUCGAGCAGAGCCAGGAGGUGCAGCACUACGUGUAUCUGCAAGAUAUAAUGCGCCAUCAUCAGCCCAAGGCCCUGGUGGCCGCAGGUCAAGGCAAGGGAGCGGCCAGUGCGCCCAAGAAGACGUCCACUCCGGUGGCCGAGGAGGAACAGGAACAGGAGCAGGAGGCGGAGCAGCGCUAUGCGGUGUCCAUUCAGCCGCAGCCACAGCACCAGCAGCCACGUCCUCGUCAGUAUCAGGGAGUGGGUGGUCCCUAUCAAUUGCCCCUGCCUCUGCCGGCUCCACAGCAUCACUCGGUGAAUCCCCAGCAGCAGCAGCAACAUCAGCAGCCCUACCAGGUAAUCCCCGAAGAGCAGUUCCUUAAGCUCCUUGAGGAAGAGCUGCAGGCGAGGGCCUACCACGAGCAACUUCGCCAGCAGCAGCAGCAACAUCAUCAGCAGCAGCAACAUCAUCAACAGCAACAGCAACAUCAUCAGCAGCAGCAACCGAAACCCCUGCCCAUCCACAGCACAGCUGCCACCCACAAGGUGCUCCAACAGGCGGAUCCCUCCCUGGGAUUGGGUGGCUAUCGCGAGCGCUUUGUGGCCGAGCAAGAACUGGUGACUCCCACCUACUCGCAUCCCCGCGGUGGUCCCAAGUACCUGCCCCUGCCGCAGUCGCAGCAGAUCCAAGAGGAUGAGGAGCCCCAGCAGCAGCAACCGCAACGUGUGCAGCUCCACAAGCCAAUACCGCAUCCGGGUCAGCAGCUCAUUCAUGGACUGCCACCGCAGAUUGCCUACUACCAGCCGCAGAUUAGCUACAAGACGCUGCCCAAUCAUCCGCUGGCCAAAUCCUCGCUGGAAAGCGAGAUUGAAAAAUUGCUGGCGGCCAAUAAGCCGGGACAAUCGUUGACCUACAUGGACAGCAGCAGCGGCAGCAAUGAGCAGCACCCACCGCCACCCACCUCGCAUCCGGCGCUGCGGCAACCCAAGGCCUACCUGGCCAGCACACCCAACUCCCUGCUGGAUGCGAAUAACCAGCCGUUUGUCCCAUCGCUCUUCAAGUUCAGCAACUACCAGCAACCGACGCCUAUUUAUCCCACGCCGGAACCCAAGCGCCUGGGUCCCGUGGUCUAUCCCACGCAGCAGAGCAAUCAGCCGCAGCCAUCGCAGUAUUACUACCAGGAGGCCACUCCAACGGGAGCACCCAAGCCGAGCCCGCUGCCCAAGCAGUAUCAUCGCUCGAAGCACUACAAGUUGUCCUCGCCCUCGAAGGCGCUGCUCUACGCGGAUUACGAUCGCCCGCAUGGAUCGCCAUCUCCUCCUCCGCCGCCACAAGCGAAUUUCUAUCCCAGUCCACCGGAUCCGAUAAAGCAUGCCCAGCGCGUAACACCCACUGCUCUGCCGCUUCACGCUGAGUAUCCUUCUCCAGCCCCAUCACAAUCCAGCAUCUAUGUCUCGCAGGGCACGGGCAUUGCCACCCCAUCCCGGGCCACGCCCACGCCCACAGCUCCGAUUCAGAAGCUCCGGACUCUGGAUGAAGUGAAGCAAUUGAACCUGCCUCCCCCGAAUGGCAAACCCCUCACCCAGGCCGAGUUCCAGGCUCUCGUGGAUGCCGGUUAUCCCGUGAAGGCGGUGCCCGUUCCAGUUCCCGUUCCAUAUGAACAGUACGUCAAGGAUCAUCCGGAGUAUCGCAAUCAUCCGCCUGUAGACUAUGCCCACAUCAUGCGGCUGGCUACGCGGCAACUGGCUGCCCAUCAGCAACACAGAUCGCUGGCCGCUCCCUCGGAGCCGUCGGUCAAGAUCCUGUCCACUCCGUCCGCCGGCGAGCUGCAUCAGCAGACUGCGACGGGAAUUGGCGGCGGUAGCAUCACCUACUUGCAGCCCAUCGAGGGUCAAUCGCCGCAUCCCCAUGCUUUGGCCCAUGUCCAUGCGCUGCAGAAGAGGAGGCCGCGCGAUGAGCAGGACACCGCCGUGGCGGGCAGCGAGCCCAAGGCGGCGGAGGCUACGGAGGCUCAGGAGACCGCCAAGGCGAAGGUGAAGGUGCAGUGAACCCACGUCCUGUUUUAGUUAAAAUGUCCUUGCCUAGUUUGUAAGUAUUGUAAAAAUGUUUCAGCACUUCCUUAAUGUUAAAUUAUAAACCGACAAAUAAAACGAUGAGAAACUAACAAAUAAAGGUG